CUUUUCUUUUUGCGAAUACAGACUAACACGGCUGUUACUCUGAGAGUUCUAGAUACUCAUUCAAGUUACUGAAACCGGGUUUUAAAAUAAAUUGAAACUACUACAGGGAACAGCAGACCUUUCUAUUGAGAAUGGACAAUGACUAUAAAAAUUUGCAAAAUCCCCAUAUAGUAAGAACUGAAAUAGCCAGAUGUACAAUAUAACUGACCUUAAAAAACAUGCACCCAUUAUAACCGACUGUGCAUAAAUGCUGAGUUCAUCCCUCCGCGGCCCCAAAGUAGAUGCUGACAUGUAGAGGUGAUGUGGUCCCUGAUUCUGCAUGCUGCAUUUUCAUGCAGUUCCUUGUAUCCAAUUAUGCAUUGAUACGUUUUGUACAAUUUUCCCUCAGAGGUAGGGAAGGAAAACAAGACACCCCCCCCCAACCCCCACCACUUUGUGUAGAGAGUAGGUGUUUAGGGAAGACGCGUUUAAUCAGGCAAAGACAGAACUGACAUUUAGAUUUUCAGGUAAUUGUAGCCAGCGUGGGGGGGCUCCAUACACAUUUCUCUUAGAAAGUGGCAGUGGGAGGUUAGCAGGAUUGCGGCAGCUUGGUCUUGCUCCAAUGGUUUGUCCAGGGAGCGAUUCAUGUUUCCCCUAAGGCUGCCUCUCAUUAGCAUGAACCAGGGGGAAGGGCAUAAAAGACUCCAGGUCAUUUAGAGUCUGGAAACGGUUUCCUUCAAAAUGACAACUGAAGCAUUCUGGCUCCUCUGUUUUGUCAUGGGACCAUCGUCCAACUUGGUGGCAGGAGCCCUGCCCUUUAUCGGAAAACCCAUUCGGGCACUCAGCAAGGAUGGGUAUGGUGCAGCAGACUCCACACCAAGCCAAGCUAAGUUCCCAUUUAGCGGCAGCAGUAUUGGUGAAGAGAAUCACACAGAGCAUUGGUUACUGUCUCCAGCUAACCUGCAGUGGCCAAAAGCUGCUGACAUCCUCUCAGUCUCACCCGACAGAAAGAAAAAGGCCAAGACCUCCGUGGAAAACAAUACGGGGCUGAGGAAAGAGCCUCACCAGGAUGGCAGGGUCCUGGCUUCUGAGAGCCACAUGGAGGGGCCUCCUCCUGCUUCCUUUGACUUCAGUUACGCAAACAGAAUGCAUACAGAUAGGCUUCAGUCUGAGGCAGCGAACAGCAUCUCAGCACACUUCCACCAUAGAGCAUUUUCCCAUUAUAAAGGCAGAUCCUUAACUUUAGCUGAGACGCAUCCUUUCCAAGACACAGGGGCAGCUGAGACAGAAGAUCCCAAUAUGGUGGAUCACCUCAACCGACCUGGCAAGAUGAAUCCCUACAAACAGCAUGACCCUGUAAGAAACAUCAGCAAGCCCUCCUGGGUCACCAACCGCCAGUCAUCUAGCCUGCUGUAUCACUUCAACGUGCUAAAGAAAGUUCUAGAUGCUGACAACAAGGAGAAGGUGUGCCUGACAGAGUGCAGGAGGGAGAGAGAUGAAGCAGAGGCUUUCUGUGUGAGUGAAUUUGCAGUGAAUGGGAUUGUUCAUGAUGUGGAAACACUGGGGAAAGGAGUCCGCCUGGUUACACUCUUGGUAAAUAGUGACGGAUUAUACAAGAUGAGUCGCCUGUAUAUCACGCCCGAUGGCUUCUUCUUCCGAGUUCACAUUCUCAUUGUGGAUGCUUUGAACUGCAAUAAACCAUGUCCAGAUUUUAAACUUGGAAGUCGAUAUAUUGUGAUGGGUCAGAUAUACCACAAGAGACGGCAGCUACCUACACCUCUGCUGCAGUUCCUGAAAGGGCGUCUGCGGCCAGGAGAUGGGCUGCUAAGGAGCAGCAGCAACUAUGUAAAAAGAUUCAACAGGAAGAGGGAUCGUAAAGUCCAAGGGGCAGCUCACACCAAGUGUAGAUGAGGUUACAGUCCUAACUGCUUUACUAGGGCUUAAGCAGCACUGGUAUUCAGCUAGUAGAACAAAACUGGUCUCUACUUUAAUCGAGUCUGACCUUCCUUCCAGAGUAAGGAUCCUUUUAGAGUGACUGCAGCUCAGCUCUUGCUUAAUUUGGUCUCCAAUACUGAUGAGCAUCUGGUGUCUUAUGUGGUUUAUAAAACAAUGUUUCUUUCAAAGGUUCUGAUUAUAUAGGUAGAUACCACUGUAGUGUACAAAAAAAGAGAAAAAACCCACCGACGAGAAAUCAAACCUAUUCACUCACUGUAGAGAAUAUUAACUGGUUAGUGGAUUUCUCUUUAAAUAUGAUUCCAAAAUAGUAGGUUAUCGUUUUUAUAAUACACAAUUUAAAUCUUAAUGUUUGGAAAAUAACCCACUAUGAUUAUUUUUAGAGCUAAAUUCUUUUGUCAGCACCUCUUAUGUACAUCAGGAGUAACUGGAGUCACUCUAGCUUUACACCAGUUUAACUGAGAAGAACAGCGGUCACUUAUUGCUUAGAUUACUAUUCAAAACCGUAUAUUUAAUAGUAUUAAACUUUUCAGUGCAAUGAGAUUUUUAAAAAAAGAGCACUCAAAUCCUUAAUCUGUAAUGGGUUGCAUGAUCAUUUGUAGCUCAAAGGCUGCACAGCAUACAUAUGUAGACAUUUGUUUUGAAACACUAUCAAAGGAUUUAUCAGAUGAAGAAUUCUGACAAAAUAAAUAAAAUUUUUGCAGCGCUUUGAUUUCCUCAAAGUACAGAAUACUGUUUUUUAAAACUAUGAAAACAAUGUAUAAUUAUACCAUUUUUUCUCGACUAUAAGGGACCAGAUUUUUCUUGUCAUUUAAAAACAUGUUCAAAAUACAUAUGCCACAGCAUGCCUUAUUAGAGCUUACAUGUGUGUUCGUUGAUUGCUCCAUUUAUAGAUUCCAAGGCUAGACAGCACAAUUGUGAUAAUUUAAUUUGACCUCCUGCAUAACACAGGCCAUGCAGCUUCCCCAAAAUAACUCCUAAGCUUUUUCUAAAACAUCCAAUCUUGAUUUUAAACUUGUCAGUGAUGGAGAAUCCACCAUGACCCUUGAUAAUUGUUCCAAUGUUUAAUUACCCUGUUAAAAAUGUAUGCCUUAUUUCAUUAAUUGAAUACAAAUCAUGCACAAAUAACCAAUUAGUAUGUGUACAGUUACCUAUUUGCAUGUACAAAUUAUGGUACCGAGGCAUGCAAAUCAGUCAUGCAAUUGCAUACACAUUUUGCAUGCCUAAUUACUCUUCUAAAGUGGAUGUUCAACCCUGAAACUAUUGAGUGUAUUUGGUAUAAAAUUUUUCUACGAAGACACGGAUAUGAGGUUUAGAUCUGCAAAACAGUAAAGUUACCUUUGGAAUCAGUUCUAUGUUGGACCUGAUCUUUUACUUUUAGAGCCCUAGUGAGACUUAAAUGUCAAAAAGAUAUUUGUCUAACCCUUUGUAGGAAAUGCUGGUAUUAAAUAUUCUUAAAUAGCUCCCCCCAAUUAUCUCAAAUCCAGCUUUUUAGCUUUUUUAUCAGUUUGUUUUAAUCAGCGCUACUCUUCGGGCAGAAACUUAAAAAAAAAAAAGUUCAGGAGGAGACCCAGUAAAAAGAUUCAAUGCCUUUUCAAAAAAAGGCAUCACCUUGCUUAGCUAGUCAUGAAAAAGUUAUUUUGAAACAGCUUGUGGGGGCCUAGUUCCCCUAACAGUGGGGAAAAAUAGCUGCCUUUUAGAAUAGCAGUAAAAUCUCUUCUUCUUGUCAUCAAACUGUUAUAAAAGUAGUAUCUUGCAGGUGGGCUAUGAAAGCUUCUCAACACUGAUUUAUCAGUCCAAAGUUUAUAUUAAGCCAGUGAAAUUUCCUUUACAAUGGGGACCUGGCUAAGCUACCUCACGCCUGUGAUAUGUAUCAUCAUUAGCUCAGUGGUUUGAGCAUUGGCCUGGUAAACCCAGGGUUCUGAGUUCAAUCCUUGAGGGGGAUUGGUCCUGCUUUGAGCAGGGGGUUGGACUAGAUGACCUCCUGAGGUCCCUUCCAACUCUGAUAGUCUAUGAGUCUAUGAAAAGACUGGAGCCUGCUUAAAAACAGUUCAGAGAAGGGGCUUCGGUCAGCGUAAGAAGAAACCAAGCAGAGACUAACACUAGCCCAGAUAGCGGCCUGGGACCAUGGGCACAGACAAAUCCAAUAGAAGCAGCUGGUAAUUCGGCUUUUCAGAGAGUGCUGUAGAAGUUAAAAUUAAUUCUAAUAUUUUUAUUUAAAAAAAAAAAGCCAAACCUUGAAAUCCAGAUGGAAGGAGGUGGAGGCCCCAGCAAGCAUCUUUUAUUCCUUAGGCAAAGUUAGGGGUAAGUUAACCUAAGUUACGCUACUCUACGCGAAUAAUGUAGCUGGAGUUGACUUACCCCAGGCUGACUUACCCCGGUGUUUUCACUGCGCUGUGUCGAGGGGAGGCGCUCUCUCAUCAACUUACCUUACUCUUCUCGUUCCAGUGGCAUGCCGGAGUUGACGGGAGAGCAAUCUGCCGUCGAUUUAGCGGGUCUUCACUAGACCCGCUAAAUUGACCCUUGCUGCAUCGAUCCCCAGUAAGUGUAGACAUGCCAUUAGACAAAGAUGAACUAAAUUUGCCUCUCAGAUAUAGGCAGCCAAACUUGUGUUCGCUUCAAUGAGAGGUUGCAUAGCCAUGGUGGGAAGUGGGGGAAGAAAGUCACAGAGGCAAAUAUCAAUCUUGAUUUCUGUAUGAAUCUGGCCAGCCAGCCAGAAUACAUUCAUUUUGUAGAGCUCUGUAGAAUUCAUGUCUGGAACCAUUGACUUUUGACUCUGCUGUAGAUUUACACCAUAUAAUGAGGUACAUUUUUUUUUUUAAAGGCUGCUGAAGCAAAGGACUCUCAGCAAAACGGUACACCUAGGUCACUAUGCAUUAUGGCAGAGUACACCAAAGGAUUUAGCUAAAGAGGAAAAAGCAUUGUACAUCGAUUUUUUUUACUUUUACCAGACUAUUAAGAAACGAAAAUGAUAGGGGCAGGCAAGCAAGGUGACAUUGAUAGAGCAGCGAAAGUACCUUCCCAGAAUUGUUCUCAUGUGAUUUAUUUCUUGACAUGCAAUAGACUUAGAGCACUGACUGCAAACACUGCUGUUGCUUCUAAAACACUAUAUAUUCUUGCUGUAAGUCAGCAUUUGUUUGCAUUGUCAACUGGGAGAGAAGUGAAGAGUUAGUUUACUGGGCUGUACACACUAGCUAGCUUUUAGAAUCAGAAGAGUUUUAUCAUAUGAUUGUAGUACCCACAGAGAUGCUUGCUACUUGACGACCAGUAGCUUGCAUCUAUCUAAAAAGGUCACAGUGCCUCCUUACUGCUUUUAUUAUGGUACAUUUCAGUGAGAACAGAGUUGAGCAUGGAGAAUGGCACAUUUACAAUAGAGAUGUCAGUUGAAAUUUUCCCAAGAAAACUCUGAGGGGCUUUUACUUUGGCAGAAUAAGACUGUUCCAUCCUGGCAGCAACUCAAUGCACUGGAGGAAGGGCUACAUGAAUGUCUCAAGUUUGGGUUCUCUAUUUUCAACUGAUAUUUGAGCGUUGAUCAAUGAUGCCCAGUUUUCCAUUUAUCCAGAUUCAGCAAUGCACACUUCCCCCACUACCUUCAUCCGUGACAGUGAUCUGAAGCAGACACCUGGAGUGGAGGGUGAAGGGUAGCUCCAUUGCCCUGGCUCACUUAAUACUUCAUCUCCCCACCUGAGACAAAUAGGAUAUCAAUGGUGGUAAUGGACAGUAGCUGGAGCAAGACCACUAGCUUAGGACAAACCAACGUUUGACCACCCCUAGAUUUAAACCACUACUCUAGAAUAAUAUUGCACCUGGAGAGUUAAGCCACUAAGGAAAUAAAUAAACCCUUUAUUAGGAAAAGUUGAAUUACACAACAAUGGCAUUUUAUUUGUGCCCAACCCCUUAUUUGAUGUGUAUCUAUUUUUUCAUUUGGCUACACAGAGACUAGGACAUCACAACGUUACUGAAAGAGGGAAAAGCAGCAAGAUGCUUUAUUUUUCCUUUCACAUCACAAAAUCUUAACCACUUCACCUCUUCCAGAAGGAAGGUAUUUAUUGUAUCAUAUAAUAAGUUAAGAGGUAACAGUCCAAUAUGUUUCAGUGUCUAUUACUUAAACAUUUAACUAUUCAUUGUUUUCACUUUUUGGUAAACCCAGCGUGUGUUUUUAACUGGGGGUGUUUAAAAAUAUAUGUAGAUGUCACAUACUGCAGACAGAUGUUUAUAAAUCAUUUGGAUUGCUCUUCCAGACUCUCUUACUGAACAAGAUCACACUAUUUUAAAAGCUGUACCUGAUUUAAAAAGAAAAAGAAAAAAAGAGGCCAUUAUUUAGAAUACUUGCUUUACAAGCUCAAGUGGGGAGGUGGCAAAGUAACUUCUGAAUUGCAAUAGAUUACUAAUGAAGCAAAGGAGUGGAAAAAAAAAAGUGAGAAUUUCUUUAAAGAUCAAAACAUUUCAUACUCAAUUACAUUAGCAGUCUUCCAAUAAUUAACCAAUAGGGGGCAGAUUACUAAGCAUAUCAAAAAUGUAUUCAAUGUACAGGAAAGUACAUGUGCAAUAGAAAACUGGUCUAUAGUACAGCUAGCUUUUCAUACUGAGUCAGUUUUGCUUUACACAGAUUUUAAUGAUUUCAUCAUUAAAAGACAGUUUACAUUUCACUUUCAGGUUAUUUUGUGUGGUGUUGGGAUAGCAAAUGAGGCGCACAUAUCAGGCUACACAUCUAUCUUCAUUAAAGGGACACUGUCAAACUUAGGUAGUAAGUUGUUAACUCAGGAAAUGUCCCCCCAAUUCUAAGAGUCCCUAAAAACCCAUAUUCCAACAAGCACCAGUGAAAAGGCCAAUGCUACAAGUGAAGCAGGCCUUAAUAGGACAUCAGCAACAAUGCUAAUGCAGAGACAGAAACAAGCAAAUAUAACCACAUGAAUUGCUAAACAGAUAAAAGUUUAGACAACAAAAAGGACAAAUCUGGCAGGGAUUUUUAUUUUCAAAACUUUUAGUAUGUUUUAUUACAAACAAUGAAAAGCAAGAAGAUUUUAAAAGUAAUUAGAUGACAGUGUCCCUUUAGAGUGUAUUUGCCCCUCAACAUUUCUAACAAAUUUUACAGGGUCUCUUACUUUAGAACAAAGUUAACUCCUGGUGUUUUUUUCAGCAGGACAAACAUGAGUAUUUUGCAGCCAAUCAACUGGCACACUGAGCACAUAAGACACUGCAGUCUCUCCAGUGAUUUACCCAGUUCUAUUAUGAACAUAUCUUUCUACAACAUUUUAUGAGAAUUUAAAAGCUUUUGAACUAAAUUCUACAUAAGGACUAAUUACAUUCGCUCAGGUUUAUCUGAGGACCUCUGAUGACA